AUGGGGAGAUCGAGCUCGAUUCGUCCUCCAAGUUGCCGCAAGACCCAAAGCUUCAUCUCCAUCCUUGAAACAAGAAGCCAGCACCCACCUCACCUCGGCAAAUGCCAAGAGGAAUGGCCACCGACCAUGGACUCCUGUACAAGGACUCCACAUAGGGAGUACCACCUCCAUGGACUCACCGUCAUCGCUAGAGUAAAGCGCCAACAGGGCGAGGAAGAGACCAAGAGGACUUAUUCUAUCAUGACGCUACCGCCACCGCCUCACCGGUGCCGCUAG